GUCAGGUCAGGUCUGGUAUUUUCGGCAUUUGCCACCAGUGCGGCUGCACUGAAUCGUAAAAAAAGUAAAAAGAGAAGCAACAGCGUGAGGUGUAAAUAAUAUUGAAGACUAAUGCUGCCGCCAAGUAAAAGUGACUAAGUAGUGGUGGGGUUCGCAAAGUGUGCCAAGCAAUCCAACCCAGAAUCCCAGAACCAUUUCCAAUGACAAAUGUAACAACCGAAACCCACCAGCCGCCCUGAGGAAGCAGAAGAAAGUUUGCCGACCCACCACCACCACCCCCCGAUUUUGUAUAAUUUCGUUUUCGUUUACUUUUUAACCCUCCGCUCGAGAACGUGGUUUCUUUUGCGACGUGCAAUACUCUGUGGCAGAAGUCUUGCAUCGUUCCAAAAGAGAGCAGCACGUGGAGCGACGAGCACGGCCGUAAAAUACCCAAGUCCGUGGCCACCAAGCUGCAGCGUCUCAAGGCCAAGGCGUCUGCGAGCCAGCACUACGGCGGCACCUAUCGCAAGCCCUCGUCCUCAGCGUCAGCGUCCGUCGGCAGCCACAGCGAGUGCAGCGACAGGAGCGUAUCUGCUGCGCUUCACGGCGGGUAUAGCCAUCAACGCGGUGGCGCCGCCGAGGAGCCCCACUUUGCUCUGGCGGAUGUGGCCGAGAAGUCAUAUCAAAGCAGCAGCAGCAGCAGCAGCAGCAACCACAACAACAAUUAUCAAAAGUCAAACCACACCAGUGCCAAUUACAACCACGCCAACUACAUCAACCACCCACAAAGCACCACCACCAACCUGCCUUAUCAGCCCAACAGCAAUACCAGCCCGAUGAUAAUGACCAAACAGAAGAAUUCGCUGGCCGAGCGCCUCAACAUCGGCGAGGAGGUGCGGGAACUGAAGCUGGGCGCAACCUUUAACCCGAAGAACACCUCGACCGCUUUUCACACUAUCAAAUAUGACUUCAAGCCAGCGAGCGUGGACACCAGCCGCAUGGCAUCUGUGGACGUCGGCUCCAACAAUCAAGUUACUGUUACCGUGCCAAAUUCAGAAAGUUCCGGAGUGCCUCAUACAGUUUAUAAGGGUAAUCAGAGAGAGUAUGCAAAGGAGUGUUUGAUGAUCUACGACAAAGAGACGGGCGCCAUCACAAUAGAAAAGCUAAAUCACAAUAUUCAAGUAAAGAAGACCAGGAGCGAAGUCACCAGCAAGUCAGUUCAGCUGCCCGGUCAGCAUGCUUCCGUGAAUAUGGGCCAGGGUCAGCUCCACAGUCAGGGUGCGAACGGAGCGGGAACGGGACCGGGACCAAUAUCAGCACCUGGGCAUGGCUCCGGAACAGCACCCAAAAUGGAGAACAGCACAAUGCGAAUCUCAACCAAGACGAAGGUUUCUACCGGCAGCCGCAGAAAUAAUAUUAUUGACUUCAAGCCGCGCAACUCGCCAAUGCAACAGAGCUCACCAUCGCGUCCAGUGCCAGUCCACCGCAGCCCCCAAUCUGCGCCGGCUUGGGACGCAAACAAUGCACAGCAGACGUUGCCCAGCAUUCCCUUGAUCACCGAUGACGAUGACUUUGGGUUGAGGGCGGCCCUACACAACAGCGGCCAUGCGAACACAUCAGGCUCAUCAACUGGCUCCGCAACAGGUCAAACGGAUUUUGGAUCUAUUUCCUCGUCCUCUCACAUUGGCAAGCAGCGGCAGGCUCCCCCGCACGGCCACGGCAAGCGCCAGCAGAUGCACCAGCGCCAAAGCCCACCAAUGGCUCAGCAGCAACAGCCAUCGAACUAUGGGCGUGGUUACAAUGGCGGUCAGAGCCACGCACAACAACAGCGGCAACGGAACUCGCCGCAGCAGCAGCGUCCUCCUGCUUAUGGCCACGGCAAUAGCAUGACCAUGGACUUAGACUCAACCAGGGAGCAAGAACUGACCUCGCAGUCCGUGGCGCAAGCGGCUGCCGCCUUGGAACAGCAAAUUGGAGGUGCACUGAGUGCAUCGAGCUCCAGUUCGGAGUCGGAUUCCAGCGACAGCGACAGUGGCAGCGAUUCGGAUGACAGCACUGAGGAUGAUCGCCCCAUGGAGGGCCAGCAGCCGGUGUAUCAGAAUCAAAACCACCAACAACAGCAAAUGGCGCAGCAGCAUCUUAAUCAGCUGCCCAACCUGGGCCUUGGCUCCAUAUCACCAGCAUAUGGAAGCAAUCAUCAACAGCAGCAGCAGCAGAUGGUGCCCCAUCAACAGCAGCAGAAGCAACAGUCCGGCAUUUAUGCGUCCAACGGUGGCUUUCCGAACGAUUUGCUACAAAAUGAUCUGCAGUUGUCGUCAAAUUCGUCCGACGAUGACGACUAGUAGCUAUUUAAAGUUUGAUCUUAUUUGCCUUCUUUUUACUAAACCAACGACAACAAGAGCAACAACAAUUAUUGAUAUUCUGUCUAUAUGCGUGUAAUUUGUAAUUAUUGAGAGGUGAUUUUACUUGCUAGUGAAAUUUUUUUAAAUAAAUUCUUAGUUCUAUACCACGAUAUCCACAAAAAUAUAUUAAUUAAUUUUAAAUAUUAAUUUUAGACCUUCCAAAUGUGCUGGUAAACAUUGAACUAAAACGAAAAAAGAUUAAUCAAACAUUGAACUAAAACAAAAAAGGUUAAUCAAAAUCAUAAGUAUAAACAUCAAUUAAAGUCUAUAUUUGUCAGUACAUAUUCGUUUUUAAUACAAACAAGUGAUUAUGUAAAACUUGUUGGCACACUAAUAGAUCACACGCAAAUAAAACCAACAAUUAUGCUAUAAAAAAUAA